GUCCCGUCCGCCCUUCACGUCCCACCCACCACCAAACGCAGCCCCGCAAAUCCCCUUGCUCUGCUGCUCCAUUGCAUUGCAUUGCAAUACUUCCUCCCCCGUUCGGUGUAGGCCCAUUUCAUCUACACCUCCACCAGCGCAGCAGUUUUUGCAUUCAGGCUGCAUCCUUAGAUUUCGGACCUUGCACUUCCGCCCGAGAGCCGUCGAUUGAUCCUUCGUCUCGCCGCCGCCAUGUCGGAGCUGGAGCAGAGGUUCAAGAAGGCCGCGUACCUGAUCCGCAACGGCCCGCCCAACCCCAAGGCGACGACGGACGAGAAGCUCAAAUACUACUCGUACUUCAAACAGGCGACUGAGGGCGACGUCAAGGGAUCGCAGCCGCUGUUCAUUCAAUUCGAGGCGCGGCAGAAGUGGGACGCGUGGAACGCGAUCAAGGGCAUGUCGGCGGAGGAGGCGAUGCAGAAAUACAUCGACCUGCUGGCGGCCGACGACGCCAACUGGGAGUCGCACCCCGUGCUCGCGGACUACAAGCCCGAGUGAACUCGCUGUAUCGUGCUAGACACUGCAGCCUGGGGUGGUGCUGACGUAUUUCCCCAAUGCGUUUCCGAGUAUUGUUGUGAUUAGGGUUUAGGCCUGAGGGGCCGUGCUAGUCCCGUGGGCCGGGAGUCGCUUUCAGGGGUGGAUCCUUGAAUGUAAAACGCAUCCCUCCCUGCUACUCAUCCUUAGCCUUGUGUCUGUAGAACACUGCCAUUCAGCGUGCAAGAAAUCAUACGUGUUGGGCUGAAAAAAAGCCCUUAGGAUCUUUUGCAGAGACUAAGUCCCAGCUGUAGAGACUUGAGACUUGGAGUAGUGCAGCGGAAGUUGAGGCAGUUGAACCCUUGUACUAGUAUCUCUCAUACCAUGUUGGGCUGAAAAAAAAGCCCUUAGGAUCUUUUGCAGAGACUAAGUCCCAGCUGUAGAGACUUGAGACUUGGAGUAGUGCAGCGGAAGUUGAGGCAGUUGAACCCUUGUACUAGUAUGUGAGAACAAGUGAUUGAUUAAAGAAACAAGCAUACA